AUGUCGACCGUACUGAGAACAUUGCGCAAUCUGCGCAGAAUUGGUUUGAAAGAAUAUGGCCAUCAGCUUCAGGUACGCGACACCAAAGCCGGAACACUCAUUGGCAUUGAUCGAUAUGGCAACAAGUUCUAUGAGAACAUGCAGGAGGAGCUCCCUCUAAGGACCCGCUGGGUAGACUACAAGGAGAAGGAAUUUGACCCCUCUCAAAUCGAGCCCGGAUGGCACGCCUGGAUAUCGUACAUGGUAGACCAAGCACCCCCCUCGGACCCAAUCAUGAACGCGCGAGUGCGUGAGUGGGAGCCAAAGGAACACCGGCCGACAUUGACUUGGAGCCGAUCGGCAUACAGACCCUACAGCACGACGAAGAACAAGUACGCGCCGUGGGUACCCGUUGCGAAGGCGCGUCAGUAG